AUGGCGUCGCUACCCAUCAAGUUCACAGAACAGCUGAACCUCACCUCUGUUGGAAUACAGCCCGCAUCAAUAGGCUUCAACUCUUGCACCCUCGAAUCCGACCACUUCGUCUGCGUACGCCAAAAAGUCGACGACAAUGCACAGCCAGAGGUCAUCAUCAUCAACCUCAAGAAUGGCAACAGUGUCAUGCGCCGGCCCAUCAAGGCCGACAGCGCCAUCAUGCACUGGAACAAGGAGAUCAUUGCGCUCAAGGCCGGCGGCAAGACGCUACAGAUCUUCGACCUGGCACAAAAGAGCAAGAUCAAGAGCACAACGAUGAACGAGGACGUCGUCUUCUGGAAGUGGUUCAGUGAUUCGUCGCUCGGCCUUGUGACGGACACCAGCGUAUACCACUGGAACAUCUUCGAUCCGGCGCAGGUCGCGCCACAGAAGAUGUUCGACCGCAACCAGAACCUGGCAGGCUGCCAGAUCAUCAACUACCGCGUGGCUGACGACGAGAAGUGGAUGGUCGUGGUAGGAAUCUCGCAGCAGCAAGGUCGCGUGGUUGGCAGCAUGCAGCUCUACUCGCGGGAUCGAGGCAUCAGCCAGGCCAUUGAAGGACACGCUGCAGCAUUCGGCACACUACGGUUAGAGGAUGCGCCUGCUGACUCCAAGCUGUUCACAUUCGCGAACCGAUCAGCGACCGGCGCCAAGCUGCACAUCGUCGAAGUCGAUCACCAAGCGCCGAACCCGGUCUUCCAGAAGAAAGCAGUCGACAUCUACUUCCCAGCUGAGGCGACGAAUGACUUCCCGGUGGCCAUGCAGGUCUCAUCGAAGUACAAGGUCAUCUACCUGGUCACCAAGUACGGCUUCAUCCACCUCUACGACCUCGAGACCGGCACGACGAUCUUCAUGAACCGCAUUUCGAGCGACACGAUCUUCACAACGGCAGGCGAUGAGGACGGUUCGGGUAUAAUUGGCGUGAACAGGAAGGGACAGGUGCUCACUGUGAACGUUGACGAGAACACCGUCAUCCCAUACCUCCUCCAGAACCCAGAGAAUGCCGAGCUUGCGUACAAGCUUGCGUCAAGAGCAGGAUUGCCGGGUGCGGAUUCGUUAUACCAGCAGCGAUUCGACCAGCUUUUGAACAUGGGAGACUACCAGCAAGCCGCCAAGACUGCUGCAAACUCUCCUCAGGGUUUCCUCCGAACACCACAAACGAUCGAACGCUUCAAGUCGGUGCCUCAGCAGCCGGGUCAGCUGUCUGUGAUCUUGCAGUACUUUGGUAUGCUGCUUGACAAGGGCAAGCUCAACCAGCACGAGACACUCGAGCUUGCGAGACCGGUUCUGCAGCAGAAUCGGAAGCACCUCCUGGAGAAGUGGAUGAAGGAGGGUAAGCUUGGUUGCUCAGAACAACUUGGUGACCUGGUUCGCCUACACGAUGUGGCUCUCGCACAACAGAUUUACCAGGAAGCUGGUGCUUCACAAAAGGUCAUCGCAGCUAUGGCUGAGUCUGGCAGCUUCGACCAGAUCCUACCAUACGCACGCCAAGCGGGAUACACACCGGACUUCAAUGGUCUGAUCCAGCAUAUCUGCAGGGUCAAUCCUGACAAGGGUGCCGAAUUCGCCACAAGCAUCGCCCGUGAAGAUCCCAGCUUGAUCGAUGUUGAGCGGACUUUGGACAUUUUCCAGUCGCAAGGCAUGAUUCAGCAAGCCACGGCCUUCCUGCUCGAUGUACUCGCACCGAACUUACCAGAGCAAGGCCACCUCCAGACUCGUCUCCUCGAGAUGAACCUAACGAAUGCGCCACAAGUCGCCGAUGCCAUCCUUGGCAACGAGAUGUUCUCGUACUAUGACAAGGCGAAGAUCGCACAACUUUGCGAGAACGCUGGGCUCUUGACACGAGCGCUCGAGCACUACGAGGACGGUGCCAGCGUAAAGCGGUGCAUUGUGCAAACGGAUAAGAUUCCCGAGGAGUUUUUGACCAAUUACUUUGGCCGCCUUACCGUUGACCUCGCCAUGGAGUGUCUCGACGAGAUGCUCAAGGUCAACAUCCGCCAGAAUCUGCAAGCUGUGAUUCACGUCGCAAAGAAGUACUCGGAUCUCUUCGGGCCGACCAGAAUCAUCGACCUCCUCGAGAAAUACCGCACUGCAGAAGGUCUGUACUUCUACCUCGGUGGCAUUGUUAACCUCAGCGAGGACAAGGAGGUCACCUUCAAGUACAUCGAGGCGGCGACUACCAUGGGUCAGCUUCAAGAAGUCGAGCGUAUCUGUCGCGAGAGCAACCACUACGACCCGGAGAAAGUCAAGAACUUCCUCAAGGAGGCCAAGCUCUCCGAGCAGCUGCCACUCAUCAUCGUCUGCGAUCGAUUCAACAUGGUACACGACCUUGUGCUAUACCUGUACAAGAACCAGCAGUUCAAGUCGAUCGAGGUCUACGUCCAGCGAGUCAACCCAGCCCGGACGCCUGGUGUCAUUGGUGGUCUGCUUGACGUGGACUGUGACGAGAACAUCAUCAAGGGUCUCUUGAACUCUGUCUCUCCCGCAUCAAUCCCAAUCGAUGAGUUGGUCCAAGAAGUUGAGUCGCGCAAUCGACUCAAGCUUCUGCUACCUUUCUUGGAGAGCACAUUGCAGCAAGGCAACCAGCAGCAAGCUGUGUACAAUGCUUUGGCCAAGAUCUACAUCGAUAGCAAUUCGAACCCCGAGCAAUGGCUUAAGGACAACGAUCAGUACGACACCCUCCAGGUUGGCAAGUACUGUGAGAAGCGUGACCCCAACUUGGCUUUCAUUGCCUACAGCAAGGGACAGAACGAUCUUGAGUUGAUCAGUAUCACCAAUGAGAACUCCAUGUUCAAAGCCCAGGCACGCUACCUCCUGGACCGUGCUGAUUCGGAGAUCUGGUCUUACGUUCUCUCCGACAACAACAUCCACCGAAGAUCUUUGGUUGAUCAGGUCAUUUCAACCGCAGUACCAGAAUCUCAAGAUCCCGAACAGGUCUCAAUCGCUGUCAAGGCCUUUAUCGAUGCCGACAUGCCUGUCGAACUCAUCGAGCUUCUGGAGAAGAUCAUCCUCGAGCCAUCCGUCUUCAGCGACAACGCUAACUUGCAGAACUUGCUUAUGCUGACAGCCGCCAAGUCUGAUCGCGGCCGUGUCGCAGGCUACAUCGAGCGGCUCGAUCAAUACAGCCCAGACGACAUCGCACAGCAGUGUAUCGAGGUUGGCAUGUACGAGGAAGCUUUCCUCAUCUACAAGAAGACCGGCAACCACCUCGAGGCAGCCAACGUGCUUGUCGACCACGUCGUCAGCAUCGACCGCGCACAGGAAUACGCCGACCAGGUCGAUCUUCCUGAAGUGUGGAGUCGAACUGCCAAGGCACAACUCGAUGGUCUCCGUGUGACAGAUUCGAUCGAGUCCUACAUCCGUGCCCAGGACCCAUCGAACUACAACGAAGUCAUCGAGACAGCAACACAUGCUGGAAAGGACGAUGAUCUCAUCAAGUAUUUGCGCAUGGCACGGAAGACUCUCCGCGAGCCGCCAGUCGAUACCGCACUUGCCUUCUGCUACGCUCGCACCAAUCAACUACCUGAGCUCGAGGAUUUCCUGCGCUCGUCGAACGUCGCCAACAUCGAGGAAUCUGGAGACAAGGCGUAUGAGGAGGGCUACCACGAGGCAGCGAAGAUCUUCUUCACUUCGAUCUCGAACUGGGCCAAGCUCGCAACGACUCUCGUACACCUCAACGACUACCAAGCUGCUGUUGAGUGUGCGCGAAAAGCCAACAGCGUCAAGGUCUGGAAGCAGGUCAACGAGGCUUGUGUGGCCAAGAAGGAAUUCCGCCUUGCGCAGAUCUGCGGUCUCAACCUUAUCGUGCACGCCGAGGAGCUCACCGACCUGGUCAAGCAGUACGAGCGUAAUGGCUACUUCGAUGAGCUCAUCUCGCUCCUGGAAGCUGGUCUCGGUCUCGAGCGGGCUCACAUGGGCAUGUUCACCGAGCUUGGUAUCGCACUCAGCAAGUACCACCCAGAGCGUGUUAUGGAGCAUCUUCGUAUCUUCUGGGGUCGGAUCAAUAUCCCCAAACUGAUUCGCGCUGUUGAGGAAGCACACCUAUGGCCAGAGCUCGUCUUCCUGUACACUCACUACGACGAGUUCGACAAUGCAGCACUCGCCAUGAUGGAGCGUGCUGCAGAUGCAUGGGAGCACCAGUCCUUCAAGGAGACGAUCGUCAAGGUCGCAAACCUGGAAAUCUACUAUAGGGGUCUUAACUUCUACCUUCAGGAGCAACCGUCACUGAUUACCGACUUGCUGCAAGCACUCACCCCCCGCAUCGAUGUUAACCGAGUUGUUAAGAUGUUCGAGAAGUCCGACAAUAUCCCACUCAUCAAGCCUUUCCUGCUGAAUGUGCAGUCUCAGAACAAGCGCGCUGUCAACGAUGCGAUCAACGACCUCCUGAUCGAGGAGGAGGAUUACAAGCAGCUGCGCGACAGCGUUGAGAACUUCGACAACUAUGAGGCAGUGGCUCUCGCCCAGCGGUUGGAGAAGCAUGAACUCGUCUUCUUCCGACAAAUCGCCGCCAGCAUCUACCGCAAGAACAAGAGAUGGGACAAGUCCAUCCAGCUGUCAAAACAGGACAAGCUUUACAAAGACGCCAUCGAGACAUCUGCCAUGUCAGGCAAGACCGAAGUCGUGGAGGAGCUUCUUCGUUACUUUGUCGACAUCGGCAGCAAGGAGUGCUACGUGGGUAUGCUCUACGCAUGCUACGACCUCAUUCCUCUGCACACUGUCAUGGAGAUCUCGUGGCGUCACGGACUUAACGACUUCACGAUGCCUUUCAUGAUCAAUUACAUGUCACAACAGGCAUCAACCAUUUCGGAGUUGAAGAGGGAUAACGACGAGCGAAAGGCAAAGGAGGCUGCCAAUGCGAAGCCAGAGGAGACUGGGCCAAUUCUGGGUCAAUCAAGACUCAUGCUGACACAGGGACCUAUAGGCCAGCCGAAUGGCAUCAUGCCGCAGCCAACGGGAUAUGGAGGAGUAGCACCUAUGGGUAUGACUGGUGGCUUUAGAUAG